UAAAUCAACACAAAAUAAAUAAAAAGAAAGAAAAAGCUUGUAUGUAUUUGGUUAAUAAAGAUACUAACUAGGGUUUUGGUCUAGGGUUUCGUUUGUCUGCAACUUUCAUGGCGUUGUCCUGAUUUCAUUGGUUUUCUCGACGAUGAGUGCCGUCAAUAUAACAAACGUCACGGUCUUGGAUAACCCUGCUGCUUUCCUCAACCCCUUUCAGUUUGAGAUUUCAUAUGAGUGCUUGCUUCCCCUUAAAGAUGAUCUGGAAUGGAAGCUCAUAUAUGUUGGUUCGGCCGAAGAUGAGACAUAUGAUCAGCUGCUGGAGAGUGUGCUUGUGGGGCCGAUCAAUGUUGGAAAUUACCGAUUUGUAUUCCAGGCUGACCCACCAGAUCCCACAAAGAUCCCUGAUGAGGACAUCAUUGGUGUGACUGUGCUGCUUUUGACCUGCUCUUACAUGGGUCAGGAGUUCAUCAGAGUAGGUUACUAUGUGAACAAUGACUAUGAUGAUGAGCAGUUGAGAGAGGAACCUCCCCCCAGGGUUUUGAUUGAUAGGGUGCAGAGGAACAUAUUGGCCGACAAGCCCAGGGUUACGAAAUUCCCCAUCAAUUUUCAUCCGGAGAGCGCUGACUCCACAGAUGCUCCUCCCCCUUCAUCUCCUCCAUCUUCUGAGAAUCCCAUAGAAGAACCACAAACAGAGCCUUCUGCUAGAUUGGAUACCUGAAAAGGGAAAAAACAGCUUUACUUGACCUAAUUUACACUGGGUGUGUUAAACGGAGUUAACCACUGAAGCCUUAUGGGAAAGCAAAGAGAGCCCUAGUACAAGAAAAUGCAACGAUGUGAGGGUUUGCCUAAUGAGCAAGUUGGGUCCAAUCUUUGAUUUUCUGAUUAAGCAUUGCCCAUGCCUUGCUUUGCAGAUGUAUGAUGAUGGGUUUCUUGCCUUCUAGCUUCUUUUGCGUCUCCCACCAACUUUUCUCUGGUUAUUGUGAAGCUUCUUGCGACAUUUGAACAACUAUGGUGAUAUAUAAAUCUUGUGACGUCACAAUUUGGACACCUAACCGUAUCCAUGGGUGGUGUAACCAAAGUUUGUUUGAUCAGAGCAGUGUGAUUUUGUUAAGUGUGAAUUAGCAUAGUAUUCUGAGACCAAGACUGCUUGAAUUUUCCUCUUUUAUUUGGAUUUUUCAUUAUUUUGUCAUCCACAGGAAGUACAGGUUUUUGAAUUUCUGAGCCAUGAAUUGAUGCCUUUAGAUCAUGGGUGAUACACUCUCUCUCUCUCUCUUUCAAAUUUGGGUUGUAAUGAGCAGUAUGUGGAUGCAAUAUUUUCGUUUCAAA